GUAAGAAGACUGUGAUGACAAGUUGCAGAGUUUCUCUCUCCAGCCUCUACAAGGAGGGACUUGCGGAUGCAGCCGAGCGGAAAGAAAAGAGGACGCGGAGGAAAAUUCACAUUUUGUUGGCGGACCCUCGGUGGUGAAAGCGCUCUUCCACUUUUCAAUUGGUUCGUCAACCUAAAAGUCGGAAAGAAGAAUUCCUGGGCUUGAGGGGCUCAGGUGGUUUUCAUAUUUCCUCACCUGAAGUGUCCCUUAAUCUUCCCAGCUUGGAGUGUUUUAAACCUGAGGUCAGAUUCAAACUAGCAAACAACUGGACUGGAAGGACUUUGUCGAACUCAGAAGUAGAAGGUGCAGGUUUAUCUGAAACAUGGAGGUCACCAGGAAACUUGCUCUGCUCUCCCUUACCUGCUUGUGGAUGCUGACAGGCAUAUGGGCACAGAUCGUGAUGCCUCAGCCCAACAUGGAUGUGAUUCAGGGACAGAUGGUGGUUCUGAAGGCCUCAUACAACUCAGCACCGUUUAGUGACUUGAGCACCAACACCAUUCUCUGGAAUCUUGUGACCGACAACACUCAGCUGAUUAUCUCUUACACAAAAGGCUCGAUGAGCGUGGGGAGUUCCCAGUUUAAGGGCCGGGUUGGGUUCACCUCUAGCAUGCCCUCAAGUGACGUGUCGCUGUACAUCAACAACACCCAGGAGUCUGAUUCAGGACGCUACCUCUGCCAGGUCAUCAGUCCAGACAACCCUGGCCUCACCGCUGAGCUCAGUCUGGAUGUCAAGGUGCCCCCUGCUGUUCCAAAGUGCAGCUUGUCAGGGAAACCAGUGGUGAAAGGGAACGUGACUCUGAGCUGCAAGUCCAGCAGUGGGAAGCCAAUUCCUUUGUAUAAGUGGAGGAAAACAAGUCCCACCUCUGAGGUCUUCUUUUCACCGAUGCUCGACGACAAGACGGGCGCUCUGAAGCUGAGCAACCUGAGCAGCAACAUGUCGGGGAAGUAUGUGUGCACUGCCAACAAUGCAGCCGGGUCAGAGAGCUGCUUCAUCAACCUGGAGAUCGCCUCAUCCAAUAAGGUCGGGAUGAUUGUGGGCGCCACUGUGGGCUCAGUGGUCGGCUUCAUCUGCCUUUUCCUCCUUUGCUUGUUUUUCCUGCUGAAGAGGCGGCGAGACAGUGAAGAUGACAUGGCGAAUGAAAUCAAAGAGGACGCUCAAGCUCCCAAACGGGUGUCCUGGGCGAAAAGCGGCAUGGGUUCCGACAUCAUAUCCAAGAACGGCACUUUGUCCUCCAUCGCCUCCAGUCCACAACACAGAGAGCCCUCCAACCACCACCACCUGCAGCACUACCCCCAGCGGCCUCCCUCCGACACAGGCUCCAUCAUAACAGCCGUCGGCAGCACGGCCGGCUACCGCCCGUCACGCCAUCAAGGAGCCUCUACGCCGACCCACUAUGGUUACAACGACAACACCACUCUACCGCGAGGGCAGCCUGACCCUUCGGAGGCCAAUGGGAGCGCCCAACCCAGACCAGAGCGCUACACCCAGCUGCCACAGGCCCAGGCACUCCCACAGACCUAUAGCCAGUCGCACGCCACUCCAACACCUCCACCGCUGCCCCUCACCAUGGUCACGGCCUCCAACAUCACCCGCAUGGGUGGAGUGCCCAUUAUGGUGCCUGCACAGAACCAGGCUGGCUCUCUUGUCUAACAGCAGCCAUUUCUUUGCAAAGAAAAUCUGCAUACCGUGGAAUAUUGUCUCUUUCCUGCAAGAGGACAUCUGCAGAUUUUUUAAUGGAGCUUUUGUUAUCAUCCUAAUUUAGCACUGAAUUAAUUAGUUUAAAAAAGGCAAUAUCCAAGCAUUUAGGACACUCACUCCUUACUUCAAGUACAUGCACCUAAAUAUGUUUAUAUUCUUAAUAUACUCUAUACAUUGCUAAAUAUAUGUAAAUGUGAUUUUUCAUACAAUCUUUUCUACUUUGCAAUUUUAUUAUACUCAAUUGCACUUGCUUUUAUUUGUUAAUUUUUUUUUGCCUUUAUGAAUUUCAUGAAAUGCUCUUAGACAAUUAUGUAAACACAAUUCAUUUAGCUUGAGCAUGAUUUUGGACUGAUUGGUUGUGUGGGUCCAGAUUUAAGUAUGCUUUUUAUUUUCAAGUUCUUCUUUCAAGAGCACUGUAGUGAUGUGCAUCUGAUAGAUCAGAGACUACAAAAUAUUAAGCCAGGAAAUGCUACUUCAACCCAUAAGAAGCCACUUUAAACACUAUAAAAACGCCAGUCCCUCCAGGAAACAGCAAUGCAUUACAAUAUAUUAACUCUUUAUUGCGCGAAUGGCACAGUUGUAGUCACACUUACUUCCAGUUCCUGUCGACAGAGCUAAGCCUUCUGGGUAAUGUAGUAUAUAAACAUUUACUUCUUAGUUUACAUGUAUUCAUAUAUUUAUUUAACCUUUAUUUAUCCAGGGCAAGGCAAUUAAGAAAACCUUCUCAUUGGGUGUGAUGAUAAUCUCUCAUCGUCUCUCAUUUACAAACAAAAAUUAACAAUAUACAGUAGAUUGCUCUUAACAGUUCACAGAUGCUCUUAACAUGAACGAAUGUUUAAGAUGGACAAACGCUUUUCAAGCGGAAAAUAUACAUGGAGAAUGUCUGAAACUUGUGGGCGACAGAGCAAACAGUGUAAGGAAGCCUUUGGUUUCUGUAAUUGUCAUUAAUUAUUACUAUUAUUAGAUAUCAUUAAUCAAAACAGUACAGUACUUUGACAAUGAGCUUUGAGUAUGUGUUUUUUACUGCCGUCUAGUGUCAAUUUUUAAGUCUGUGUGGUAUAAAACAAAUAAAACAUAAACACAGUAUUUGUUUUCCAAUUUGGGUUGAAAUCCUGUGCUUUUUCAGGUUACAAUUACAAAUUCAUAAAAUCACAAUUUGAUUAAAUGUUUUUGGUAUAAAAAAAUAAACUUUGUGAAAAAGCUGCUGCAAAUUCAAGCAUUCUAGAAUGCAAAAAAAUCAAUAAUAAGCCAGUGAAUACCUGGAGGGACUGCAAUGUGCUAUAAUUUGUUUUAUACAGCUUUGUGCUUAAAUGUGUAGGAAACAUCUGGAGUGGUUACCAUGUGACUAUACCAGUGGUUCUUAACCUUGUUGGAGGUACCGAACCCCACCAGUUUCAUAUGCGCAUUAACCGAACCCUUCUUUAGUGAACAAUAUAUAUAUAUAUAUAUAUUUUUAAAAUUUAAGAAAAAGUCGUAUGUUUUUUUACUGGUGCACAAAAUGAACUGUGCAUGAACAUCACCUUGUUCAAAGAACAAAACCAAAACAGUGCAUGAACUCACAACAAAUUACACACCUUACACGCAUUACCAUGAAUUGAUUAACGUGUACCCCGACUUAAACAAGUUGAAAAACUUACUCGGGUGUUACCAUUUAGUAGUCAAUUGUACGGAUAAUGUACUGUAAUGUGUAAACUGUACUGUGUAUUCUCUUCAUUUGCAAUCUGCUGGUAAAAGUUUCAAUCAAUCAAUCAAUCAAAAAAGCCUGCAAAUCAGAUGGAAAAUUAGAGGGAACAUUGUUUGGGGGUAUCCAUAAUACGCUGAUAGGGAGAAGUUUUUAUUUACACGAUAAGUCGGAUGUCUCUUUACCUCCGUGGCGGAGGCUCCGCCAAAACCCCUGAGGCCGAUUUACCGAACCCCUAGGGUUCGAUCGAACCCAGGUUAAGAACCACUGGACUAUACUCAUGUCCACUGGAUUAUUAUGGAGUAAUAAAGCCACACUGAGAUUAAAUUAAAUAAUACAAAAAUACUAUGAGAAUGAAGUCAGAAUAUUACAAACAUAAAGUUCAAAUAUGGAAAAUAUUUGCUAUAUAGUAAUUAGGAAUUACGGAAAGUAUUGUACAGGCAAAAGGGAGUAAUAAUAUGAGAAAUGUGAAAUAUUUAGUGGAAAAAGGGAUCAUUUUAGAAAAUAAAAAAGUAAUUUGGAUGGAAGAACAAAAGUCCAAACUAUAUGACAAUAAUGAAAGAAAAAGCUGUUAUUUUAUGAGAAUGAUCAUGUGUUUUAAAGAAAAAAAAGUCAUGUCUUAAAAAUCACACAUAAAAAGUCAUAAUAUGACAUGAAUAAUUUUGAAAAUUCAAGGGUAAAAUUGUAGAAAGAAUAAGCUAGCAAAAUUGUGGGAGGAAAAAUAAAUACUUAAAUUCUCUUAAAAAUGUAAAUAAAAAUACUCUUACUUAAAUAAAAAUACUUGAAAAAACUUAUUUUGUCAUGUUUAAAGUUUGCGUUUCACAAAGAUGCUGCCAAAAUACAAUACAAUGAAAGUCUGAAUUUUUACACAAAUAAAAUUGUUUAAGAAAGAUGUCAAACUUUUAAAAAUAUUACGGAAGAAAAAGCUACAAAUAAAGUUGUAUGGUCAAACUUUUAAAAUCUCUUAAUUCUGCCAUUUUAAAACUUGAGUGUAAAAAAAACAUAACCGCUUCUGAUGGGUUAAAUCAUGUUUUUAUUUAAUUUUCAAGCAGCGUUAGAAAUGUAAAUAUUCUAUUUAUUUUAUUGUAAUUAUUCUAGUAAAACAUAACAUCAGGCGUGUGUGUGUGGGUGCAACUUCCAAUUCUCAGAUUACAUGUCAUUAUCUGCCUUGAAGACUGGAUGCUGAACCAAAGAGAAACAAUAUGCAUCAUUUUCAUAUCUCACCAUGCUUUUGUUUGAUUUCUAGCCAUGAUUGCUAUACACAGUUAUUACUUUUCUUCAUGUGUUGUUGAUAGCAAGCAGCUUGGCUAUGGUUGUACUGUACUUCAAAGUGCGGCUCUUCAAAGCUCUUUUUAUUGGCUCUCGGCAUAUUGUGAAACAUAACAUUAAUUAAUGAAAUAUAUAUUUUAAAUAUUACGAUAAUAUGCUUUGUUGCCUACAACUCAAAAAUAGGAUGUUUUGCUAUCUUUUUUUACCUACACUGGAUUGGUUAUAGUAUAUUUUGAAAAACCAUUUGGAUUUAUAUUUGAAAUAUGUACAGUAUUAUGUAAAAUGAUAGUCAUCAGGCCUGCUGUAUCGUCAUUACACUGGAGAUAAUAUUCUCUUUUACUGUAAUGUGGUUUGAAGUUCAAGAAAGAAAUUGAGAUUGUUGCUCUUGUCAAAACAGUGCAGUGAAACUUUCUAAUGUUAGCCAGCUGGUGAAAACAAAAUAAUGUGUUUUCAAAGUUUCACUUACACACAAAAGUGAGUUUCAUCAUCAUAAAAAAGAACUGACACACACAAUAUUCACCAAGCUCAGUAUUUAAAAUUGUAAACUGUGGAUUAUAAACAAUAGGAUUUUAUUGAUGAUAGAUGCAAAGUAUUUAUUUUUAUAGAAAUAAAAUAUGAUACCACUCGUGCACCAUAAAAAAUUAGUAAUGUUUUAUGAACUGAAGUGCUAUAUCAGUUAUGAUGGACUGUACUACUGUACUGUACAAUUGUACUUGUAAUGAUUGGUCUUUUUUACUGAUGGUCUCAGUUUGAGACACCAUCGUGCACAUGUUCCAUCCAUAAUUACAAUAUGUUCUUAAAAAUGCUUUGUAUGGUAUUUUACAUUAAAAAGUAAAGAAGGUGUGUGUGUGUGUGUGUGUGGGUGUGUGUGUGUUCUUGUAUUUGUACCCUUCUUGAGACAUCAACAAGGAAAAGUAUCUUCCAUAUGAGGACUGGUGAACAAGUUAGAACUGAAAUCAUGGCCCCAAUACGGAAAACCAUUGCAUCUAAUAGAGAAUGUCUCAAUUGCACCCCUGGUGGUGAAAUCUAUCAAAAUUAGGAUGGUCCCAGAAAGGAGGGAUUUUUCAAAUUGACUGUGUGUCGGUUUUAAAAGUGCUCCCCCUCUGGUCAACAUAUGUAAUAACAAGUGCGUGUAAGAAAUUGAAAUGUGCCCCUUUUGUCCAAAAUUAAUAAAAUAAAUAUGUAUAUAGAGACAUACUGUAAUAACUUGAAGUAAAUAAUGAAAAUUAAAAAACAAUUACAAACAAAAACAUUUUUUUUAAAAACACUAAAAUCUUACCUUUUUUAUAUUUGCAUGGUAUGUGUAUAUUAUUAAUGUUGUAAAUACAAAUCUUUAUAUAUCUAGAAAGUGUGGUCCUAAAGAGGUAGGCUAUUUCCGGAGGUCUCAAGAAGGUAACAAAUACAAUAAUGAGAAAAUUAUGAGAUACAAAGUCAUACAAAUCUACUUUAUCUCAUAAUUGUAACUUUUUAUCACAUAAUUUUGACGUAUUGACCUAAAAAUUUUCACUUAUCUGAUAAUUAUGAGUUUUUAUCGCAUAAUUUUGACCAUUUAUCUCAUAAUUAUGACUUUUACCUCAUCAUUUCAACUUUUUUAUCUCAUGAUUACGACUCACAAUUACUCUCAUAAUUAUCAUUAUUUUUUUUAAUAAUUACAAAACUUCUAAAUCUCAUAAUGUCAAUGUUGUAUUUCGUAAUUUCGACUUUAACGCAUAUGUAUGACUUUCUAUCUAAUAAUUUUGACUUUAGUUUUGCAUAAUUACCUCAUAAUUUAUGUCAAUGCUGACGCUGCCUGACGUCAAAAAUAUAGCACACGUGGAUGAGAUUCACCUUUGAAAAAUAAAACGCUAUCA